CAGUUCAUUUUGCAUAUAAACCAUUGUUUGUUGUGGCUCAAUAAAUGUAAAUAAUGUUUAAGAAAAACAAAAGUAGUCUAAGGAAAAGGUCCUACAUACACAAAAAUCAGCAUAAGAAAAUCAGCAACCAACAGCAGAGCCGAGCAGCGCUGCGUGCGGUUCCAGUCGCAAACACGUGCAAAGCCAAUGCAGAAAGCGCUCUUCCCGCGACUUCAGUUCACGUUGCUCCUUUUGUUGCGGCACGAAAAAGCAAUUUUCGUAAAAAACUAAAGGAUAAUUCAACAAUGCACUCAAAACGUACAAACUUUCAGAAGUUCAAGGAUGAUCACAUUAAGAAACCGCUAAAGCGCUUGAAAAAUAGGAAACCAAAGCAAAAUAAUUGCAGCUAUUCACAAAAACUGGCAAAUUCCAUCAAGCGUCGUGCAUUUAACUCGUUUACCAGGAACACUUCGACAUCGAAACCAUUGAAACGGAAGUUGGAGUUUCAAGGCAACACGCAGCGGCAAUUGUUGCUGCCAAAACGAAAGUUUUAUCGCAGCAAACAGCAGUCAGCGGGUUCCAGAAACAUUCUAAACACAACGAUGGAGGAGGGCGAGGUUAUCGAGGAGAUUGAGAGUAGUGACGACGAUGACUGCAUUAUUUUGGAUCCAGAUGUAUCAAAUAAAUGCCUUGACGACAAUACCAACGAGGUUCCGCCAAUAAAAACACUUACUACGAGCAACGAGGACGAUAACAUUCCAAGUUGCAGUCAUUUUGAGGUGGACACAAAGCCAGAGCGUCAAUUAUUUGAUAUUUGGUCAAAAAGAUCUGGCCGUGGCUUUGUCUAUCCAGGAAGGUAUACCCCUUUAAGUGCAUCCAAUGAUAGCUGCAUUGUAUUAGACGAUAGCUAUGAUAAUCGAGAUGAGUGUUCAGUUGCAAUUACCGAUGAUCGUCAGCAUCCCAACAUGUCUAAAGAGAAGCUAACGCAGAAGCAAAAAUCAACGAAUUCACUGGACGACAGCGUGAUAAUCAUUGAAGAGAGUUUUAUACCUCUGCCAACGGACGAUAAGCCAAAGAAGCCACUUAAUAAAAAAUACAAAAGGUGGGAACAGAAGAAGUUAGGGGAUCAGGCGUCGCAGAAGAAGCAGCCGGUUGAGAAUAAUGUUGGAAUGGGUGUAAAUCCGCCAAAGAUGUACAGGCAGCGUAUGAGCCCGCAACUAUUUACGACAACUGAACGCAAAAAACUGGCUGAUUACAAUAGUAAUACAUAUAAUCCUGACAAGGAAACGGGAGCGGACGAGCCCAUCUCGAAUAAGCGUUCCAUUAUCAUCGAUGGCAGCAAUGUGGCCUUUGGCCAUGGCUGCUCCAACAUGUUCUCGUCGGAGGGCAUCAAAUAUUGUGUGGAAUAUUUUCAGAAAAUGGGACACGAUGUGAAGGCCGUUAUACCGUUAUUUCGUCGCAAUGCUACCAAAUCAACGAAUCCAGAGAUUCUCGAUCAAUUGCAUAGGGAUGGAAAAAUUGUAUUCACACCAUGCAAAAAUCUGCCUAAUCAACAAAGUAUCAGUUAUGAUGAUCGCUUCAUCCUACAGUUGGCAUAUGAGCGUAACGCAGCGGUUGUCUCAAAUGAUAACUAUCGUGACCUGAUCCAUGAGAAUCCAGCAUUUAAGAAGAUUAUCGAGAAUCGCGUCAUUGGAUAUUCGUGGUGCGAUAACAUACUUAUAUUACCUAAGGAUCCCUAUGGCAGAUUUGGGCCACAGUUGGAUGAAAUUUUACGUUGCUAGAGUUAAGUUAAUAAAGUUUCCAAUAGUUUCCAUUUAA